CCCCGCGCUGGGCUCCUAAAGCGGCAGGGUGCCUCCCGCCUUUCCGCACCCCGACCCCAAACUCCUCUACCUAGUUCUCCCGGGUACCCUAUCCUAUCAACGUCUAGAAUCCCAGCCAAUCACAUGGGCUCCAAGUCUUGCCUUCGGUCCACCCUCCUCCCAGCGCUCAGCCGGUCUGAGCUCAAGGCUUUUACCGGGCCAACCCAAUCAGCGGCCGCCUCUCGCCUGCCCCACCCCAAUCUCCCUCCCCUCAGCCAAUCCGCGCGCCCUAUUCCGCUGCCCGCCCAGCCAACCCGGGCCUUGAAACAAGCUGGCGAAUGGACGCGGGGCGGCCCUUCAACGCUGGCCGCCUGGCCAAUUGGGGAUUCCGCGUGGCCAGGACAGCAGCCAAUCGCCGUGGAGCGCGGUGCCGCCGCGGAGAGGUCCGGCCCGAAUAUCCCUCCGCCUUCCUCCCUCCCUCUCUCUCCCUCCCUGCGAGCCGCCGUUCACUUACUGCCUGCCUUCCUUCUUUCUCCCUCCGCCACCCGAGCACCAGCCGCGCUCUGAGCUGCCCCUGGGGUCCCUCCCCCGCCGCCAGAGGAGCAGCUGCCGCCGCCGCCAGCAGCACACUAGGAGGGAGGAAGGAAGGAAAGAGCGGAGAAAGGGGAGCCAGAGCGACUACACAGAGGGAGCCGGUGAAUGGGCUUGUGGUGACCCCCGCCCCCCACCCCACCCUCCCUUCCCACCCGACCCCCAACCCCCAUCCCCAGUUUGAGCCGCCGCCCGAAAGAGGCCGGACCGUCGUCUUAGGAGGAGUCGCAGCCGCCACCACCUCCGCCAUGGAGCUGAUCACCAUCCUCGAGAAGACCGUGUCUCCCGAUCGGCUGGAGCUGGAAGCGGCGCAGAAGUUCCUGGAGCGUGCGGCCGUGGAGAACCUGCCCACUUUCCUUGUGGAACUGUCCAGAGUGCUGGCAAAUCCAGGGAACAGUCAGGUUGCCAGAGUUGCAGCUGGUCUACAAAUCAAGAAUUCUUUGACAUCUAAAGAUCCAGAUAUCAAGGCACAGUAUCAGCAGAGGUGGCUUGCUAUUGAUGCUAAUGCUCGACGGGAAGUCAAGAACUAUGUUUUGCAGACUUUGGGCACAGAAACUUACCGGCCUAGUUCUGCCUCACAGUGUGUGGCUGGUAUUGCUUGUGCAGAGAUCCCAGUCAACCAGUGGCCAGAACUCAUUCCUCAGCUGGUGGCCAACGUCACAAAUCCUAACAGCACAGAGCACAUGAAAGAGUCGACAUUGGAAGCUAUUGGUUACAUUUGCCAAGAUAUAGACCCAGAGCAGCUACAGGAUAAAUCCAAUGAGAUUCUGACUGCCAUAAUCCAGGGGAUGAGGAAAGAAGAGCCUAGUAAUAAUGUGAAGCUAGCUGCUACUAACGCACUCCUGAACUCAUUGGAGUUCACCAAAGCAAAUUUUGAUAAAGAGUCUGAAAGGCACUUUAUUAUGCAGGUGGUCUGUGAAGCCACACAGUGUCCGGAUACAAGGGUACGAGUGGCUGCUUUACAGAAUCUGGUGAAGAUAAUGUCCUUAUAUUAUCAGUAUAUGGAGACAUAUAUGGGUCCUGCUCUUUUUGCAAUCACAAUUGAAGCAAUGAAAAGUGACAUUGAUGAAGUGGCCCUACAAGGGAUAGAAUUCUGGUCCAAUGUUUGUGAUGAGGAAAUGGAUUUAGCCAUUGAAGCCUCAGAGGCAGCAGAACAAGGGCGGCCCCCUGAACAUACCAGCAAGUUUUAUGCCAAGGGAGCACUACAAUAUUUGGUUCCAAUCCUCACACAGACACUAACUAAACAGGAUGAAAAUGAUGAUGAUGAUGACUGGAACCCCUGCAAAGCAGCAGGGGUGUGCCUCAUGCUUCUGGCCACUUGCUGUGAAGAUGACAUUGUCCCACAUGUCCUCCCCUUCAUUAAAGAACACAUCAAGAACCCAGAUUGGCGGUACCGGGAUGCAGCAGUGAUGGCUUUUGGCUGUAUCUUGGAAGGACCAGAGCCCAAUCAGCUCAAACCACUAGUUAUACAGGCUAUGCCCACCCUAAUAGAAUUAAUGAAAGACCCCAGUGUAGUUGUUCGAGAUACAACUGCGUGGACUGUAGGCAGAAUUUGUGAACUGCUCCCUGAAGCUGCCAUCAAUGAUGUCUACUUGGCUCCCCUGCUGCAGUGUCUGAUUGAGGGCCUCAGUGCUGAACCCAGAGUGGCUUCAAAUGUGUGCUGGGCUUUCUCCAGUCUGGCUGAAGCUGCUUAUGAAGCUGCAGAUGUUGCUGAUGAUCAGGAAGAACCAGCUACUUAUUGCUUAUCUUCUUCAUUUGAACUUAUAGUUCAGAAGCUCCUAGAGACCACAGACAGACCUGAUGGACACCAGAACAACCUAAGGAGUUCUGCAUAUGAAUCUCUAAUGGAAAUUGUGAAAAACAGUGCCAAGGAUUGUUACCCUGCAGUUCAAAAAACUACUUUGGUCAUCAUGGAACGACUGCAACAGGUGCUUCAGAUGGAGUCACAUAUCCAGAGCACAUCCGAUAGGAUCCAGUUCAAUGAUCUUCAGUCUUUACUCUGCGCAACUCUUCAGAAUGUUCUCCGGAAAGUGCAACAUCAAGAUGCUUUGCAGAUCUCUGAUGUGGUUAUGGCCUCUCUGUUGAGGAUGUUCCAAAGCACAGCUGGGUCUGGGGGAGUACAAGAAGAUGCCUUGAUGGCAGUUAGCACACUGGUGGAAGUGUUGGGUGGUGAAUUCCUCAAGUACAUGGAGGCCUUUAAACCCUUCUUGGGCAUUGGAUUGAAAAAUUAUGCUGAGUACCAGGUUUGUUUGGCAGCUGUGGGCUUAGUGGGAGACUUAUGCCGUGCCCUGCAAUCCAACAUCAUACCUUUCUGUGAUGAGGUGAUGCAGCUUCUGCUGGAGAAUUUGGGGAAUGAGAAUGUCCACAGGUCUGUGAAGCCACAGAUUCUGUCAGUGUUUGGUGAUAUUGCCCUUGCUAUUGGUGGAGAGUUUAAAAAAUACUUAGAGGUUGUAUUGAAUACUCUUCAACAGGCCUCCCAAGCCCAGGUGGACAAGUCAGACUAUGACAUGGUGGAUUAUCUGAAUGAGCUAAGGGAAGGCUGCUUGGAAGCCUAUACCGGAAUCGUCCAGGGAUUGAAGGGUGAUCAGGAGAACGUACACCCGGAUGUGAUGCUGGUACAACCCCGAGUAGAAUUUAUUCUGUCUUUCAUUGACCACAUUGCUGGGGAUGAAGAUCAUACAGAUGGAGUAGUAGCUUGUGCCGCUGGACUAAUAGGGGACUUAUGUACAGCAUUUGGGAAGGAUGUACUGAAAUUAGUAGAAGCUAGGCCAAUGAUCCAUGAAUUGUUAACUGAAGGACGGAGAUCGAAGACUAACAAGGCAAAAACGCUUGCUACAUGGGCAACAAAAGAACUGAGGAAACUGAAGAACCAAGCUUGAUCUGUUACCAUUGGGAUGAUAACCUGAGGACCCCCACUGGAAAUCUCCAAUCUUUUGAAAAACCCGGAAGUGAGGAGUGUGCACGGAUGCUGAAUGUUUGGGAAUGAGAGGAUGAGUGAGUGAGGCUUGAAAACACACCACAUUGAAAAUCCUGCCACAGCAGCAGCCGCAGCCGCCAACAGCAGCGCUGUUAGUGAGCUAAGUAAGCACUGACUUCAUAGAAAACCAUAACAUCGGCCAUCUUGGAAAACAGAAAAACAGUGGAUUUACUGGCUUAUAAAAAAGAAAAGAAAAAGAAAGAAAGCUGUCUCUUCCCAGGAGAGGCUAGAAUUAGCUUUUCUGUCUUUUGGCCGGUGCCGAGUGGAGUGACUGGUUUGGGAGAGGAGGAGGGAACUGGGUUCAGCUGUGGUGCUUUGUUGUAAAAGGCAACCUGGCCUUUGCUACUGAGGAGAAAGAUGGAGCCUGGGUCUCAAGCCCCCCUUCGCUGUACCUUUGCCGCACGGUACUGUAUGCUUGCCGGCUAGAAGGAGGGUGCGGGGUUUUUUAAAGUCUGAGAAUGAAUGUGUGUGAGUGAGGCGGUAUCCACAUUCUCAACUUCAAGUCAUUGCAGUUUCUUUUUCCCAGAAAACAAUGGGUUAGAUGUUGCAUUUCAUAAAACUAACUGAAGUUCUGUCUACUGAUGCAGCACAAGAGAUGUAAAAAAAAAACAAAAAAAAAGGAAAGAUGCUCUUUAGGUUUUGUUUUGUUUUGUUUUUUAAUUAUUCUAGGGAAAACACUGACGAAUGGUCAGAGCUCCUAUCCUGAUCUUUUCAUCAAGGCGCCUUUCCUAAUAAUAUGGUUCAACUGUGAAUGUAGAAGUGGGGGGGAGGGGGGAGAAAAAGAAAACUCUGGAGUUAGAGGAUAUAGAAAAAUAAAAGUACAAUUGUUACAAAUAAAGAAUGCAGACUUCAAAAAAAAAAGCCACAACCCAAACAAACCAAAAUUUAAAUACUCAGAAUUGGCAGCACAAGAGAAAAGCUCUCUCCUGACUUAGAUCGUGGCAGUCUGAACGCCCCCAGAAAAUUGUGCCAAAGAAUUUAGAAAACACAUACAAUAAAAGUAAAUACACACGCGCACACGCACACACAGAAAACAGCAAACUUCAGGUAACUAUUUUGGAUUGCAAACAAGGAUAAAUUUAAUGUUCAAACAAUCUGAUAAAAUAACCAUUUGGAAACUGCUUGGCCUUCUGUUCUCUUUUAUUUGACUACAAUGCGGUAUUGGUCUCUUGCUGCACUUCAAAACCAACUAACCAACAAAACAAAACAAAAAACCAUGUGUGUGUAAAUAUACACAACACACUAACUAGAACUCUUGUGAUUAAAAAUGGCACUUGAAAAAGGUUAUAUUUUUCCACUGAAGUUGAAGAUUAAUAAAAUGGUGUCAAACAUUCCCCUGGUCACACGCUUUAAUAUUUUUUUAGAAGUGUGAUGUGGUGUGAUUACCAUAAAUCAGACUUAAUUAUUUUCCCUUUUACAAGGGAAUAAGGCACCCUGAAUUUUAGAAUCUUUCAGCAAUAAGAAGGGAUGUCGGUGAGCUUUGAUUCCCUUUUGGUUUUGCAGUUACUAGGAGUUUUUGCUGGUAUUUUGAAUAUGCUGCUUUCAGAAAAACGAAGGAAGUUUUUCAAUUGCUUCCUGGUCUUUAGAGAACUAAAAAACAAGACCCUCAUCCCCACUUUCAUUUCCAUUCUAGCAAAAAGUAUGGGCUUAUGUUUUUCUCCAUCGCUUUGCAUCUUCCCUCCCUGUCCAAGCCUUCCGUUCCUAAGUGGGAUUGGCUCGGUUUUGCCCAUCCAUAUGGCAGCAUCUCUAAUAGCUCUUGUACAGGGUAUCAGAUAUUGUGCCUUUUGGUGCCAGGUUCAAAGUCAAGUGCCGAUCUAUGAACCAGUGUACAAAAAAAAUCCAGGUGUUUGAAGGAGAGACGCUCCAUUGUGAAUAAAGAGCUAGCUCAUACCAGCUCCUAAGCCCUAUUAAGAAGAGGCCUGGUCCUCUAAUGCCUUGUUUCCAUUUCAGUUGUUCCUUGAGGGAGAGGAUGAUAUACUAACCAUUCCUGAUGUUAGAUAGGGUUGGGUCGGAGCUUAGGGAGGGGGCAGAAAUAUUGGGGAGAGAAAAAAAAUCUGAUCAUUCCUCAGUGCUACCCAUUUCUGUCCUGUGUGGGCUGCUUAGCUUAGACAGCAGGAGAAUAAAGUACACCGAGAACCAUAAUGAAAAAACCUUCCGUGUGUUUUGUCAUGUUUUGUUCCAGGGAAGCAGUUGACGAGUACUGUUACUAAUGCUUUCUCCCAAAUCCAUUCAGUGAUGGAGAGGAGGAAAAUGGUCUGGUUGGAUUGUGGUCUUGGUGCCUUGCAGUUACUCUGCACUGGUUAUGCAUUUAAUCCUCCUCUUUUCUAGUUACCUUUGGCUAGUGGGUUUUUCAUAGUCCAGGUAUUUGUCCUUAAAUCAAUUGUACCACCUAACGCAACUGGGUGCAAAAUGCAUUCUGUCCACUCACUCUCUGGGCCUUCCCCACCCUAGUCUUGGGCACAUUCCUUCAAGAAUGUAGUUACCGUCUGCUUGGGAAGAUGUCAGUGCAAAUGUGAAGAAAAUGGGCAUCGGACUAGGCUUUGGUUUGCCACAAGUGGCAGCUGCCUAUAUCAGUUACACUUAUUAAUUUUGCUUUUCAUUUUUCCCAGUUCCCUUCGCCCCCCCCCCCCCCGUUGAAAUGUUGAAAUUUUAGCUGUCAGAGGCAACUGUAAUACUGCCUUAGGGACUUGUGGAGAAAGGGAGGGGACUUGCUCAGUGUAGUGUUUUAACUUUCAGAACCAAGCAAUCUAUUUACUCUUACUAUUUAAGAAGUGUGUUAGUCCAACUUUUAAGAGAAAUCCAAACUCCAUCAGCUUUUGAUAGCAUCUUGGUUUUUGAAACUUCAAUCUGUAAUUGGCAUUCAGAAUGCCCUUGGCAUGCCAGUCUGUGUGAUGGCAUUAAAGACCUGUAAAACACUUGAGCCCAACUUUAUUAACCAAAACUGAUACCACCACCUUUAUCUUCUAAAUAAAGUCCGCUUUAUUUUUAUUUUCAA